AUGAGUUACUCAGCGAUAUUGACGCUUCCCAAUCUCCGAGGCAAGCUUCGACCGGAGGUGUUGCGGCGAGUCGAUCGAAUAGUUGCGGACCUGCGCGCUGAAGUGCGCCCUUUGACGAUGGAACAUCAAACCGGCGUGCAAUCCACCAUCAAAAAUGCCCUGCACAACAGAAAAAAGGAGCUAUCUGUGGUGGAAAAGCUCAUCGGCAUCCUCCAUGAGGAACAUGACGCCGGACACCUUGAUACCGCGGAUGAGGAGCUUUGCUUGGAUCGCUACAACUUGGAUCGCCGACGCAAAGCUCUUAAAGAUGACUCUGGUGAGGGCCAAGUGUUUGGGACUGUAGAUGACGAGACCAUGGACGCUUUUCUGGCGGAUGUCUCUGAUGGCCCGAGUGCGCCACGAACCAUGUCGCCGUUAUCUGAGGAGUCUCACGAUAGUAUGGAUGCGAUUGAGAUUGAGAUUGACGGCCAAAUCGUGGUUCAAGGGGAGGAUAGCGAGGAAUGGGAGGGUAUAGACGAUGAAGAUGAGCUGGGAGAGAAAUGGGUUGAUGUGGAUGAAAAUGUACACGAAGAUGUACAGGAUGACGAAGAUGGAGGCAGGGACAUUUUCAAAACAGCUGCCGAUCUGGGCUUAAAUUUCCUUGCGAAAAUAUUGAGAAAACAAGACUAG